GUGCAUGCCGCUGCUUGACGGCAACGACCUUCUCGAGGGAGAAUCAGGCCAGCGGAGCUCAACAGCAGCAAACAACAACGACGCAAGCAUCAGCUGCUCCCCUCCACAGAUUAUCCGAAGAAUACUGAAAAAUCCACACCAAGAAAUAUCGCAAAUAUGGAAUGGUCGCUGGAAGACACCGUGUGGUGAAUUGCCAUUGACCACAACCCGAGUCUCCGGGGACGGAGAGACGAACCCGCCGUUUUCACUGUCACUGGCAACCCAGGAGCAGAAAGACCGGCAACUACUUGGUCCCUGACAGACACAUCUCGAGCGCAGACAGUUUACCAGAGGGAACAGUGCACAUUUUUGCACCGCUCGCUCUUCGAAUUAUCUCAGGCGAGGGAGGAGGCAGAAAUCAUGGACGACGCCGGCCUGGUGAUCGCCGCCGCGUUGACAGGCGGAAUCUUCGUCGUGUUGCUCGUCCUGCUCGUCGUCGUCCUUGUCCGGAGGCGGUGGCUGGACCGCGAGGGCGUGGCGUCCGGCCGCGGCUUCGUCCUGUUCGGCGUCUGUUGCCAGGACGGCACCCAGGGCCGGUUCGUCCGGACGUCGUCCCUGGCCAGGAGCCGGCAACGGGCGGCGCGCGGCGGCGAGGAGGCGGAUGACGAGCCGGACGAGGGCGAGCUCGAGAGGUGGAAGAAGAUGUUCGGUGGGCCCACUAGGUGCCUGUCCACGAUAGAGGAGGCCACGGAGAAGGGCACGUCGACGGUGGCAACGCCGGCGUUCUGCUCGCCGGCCGCGUCGCCCGACCGAAGAGACGCCAGGGCUGUGCAGACGGCGUCUGCCGGCGUGCUCAAAAGUUGAGACUUGCUUAUCUUGCUCUUGUAAUUCGUGAUGUGCAGUAGUACUACACAAGGAAAUACUCCCUCCAUUUCUAAAUAUAAGUCUUUUAGAGAUUUCACUAUCGACUACUCCCUCCGUUCCUUUUUUUUCUUUUGAAGUUUACUACAUACAAAGCAAAAUAAGUGAAUCCACACUCUAAAAUAUGUCUAUAUACAUCUGUAUGUAGUUUGUAGUGGAAUCUCUAAAAAGACUUACAUUUCGGAACGGAGGGAGUACUAGCAAGACAUAUGCACCACACUAAUAAGUCGAGCGAUCAUGAUAGCUUGUUAUUUUGCUAUACGUAGGGCUAGUAAUUUUUUUUCCACAUUAAUUGAAGUUCUAAUUUAUCGUACAUCAAACUUCUUUUUCUUAUAGAAAGGACCCCGAUAUUCAAACA